UUAGGAGGUGAUUCUGAGUCUAGCUUUGGGGGCCUUAUUCUGUGCUGUAACCUGAUUGACGAAAAUCACCAACGCCCAAAGCAGCAAAGCAAAGGAAAUGCCCUUUAGAGGCGUAUGAGGAACCGCUUUUACUAAUCAUUCAAAAAAUCGGCAUUGUAGCUAGCGCAUCCUGCGGAGCUCUGCUGAAGACAACCUCCUCGACACCCUUUCACCCUGCAUCUGUAGCGCAGCCUGCAACGUUUUGAACUCUUCCUCGCCUCAAGGAUUUCUGAUUUGUUUCAGCUUUCCUGCAGUUAUUGUAGCUUCUGUCCCUUUUUCGCUUCCCUUCAACCUCUAAACGAAAUGGCAACCAAAAUCGAUAAAGAAGCUUGCAGGGAAGCCUAUAACCUCGUAAGAGACGACAAUACUGACGUUAACUGGGCUUCAUUUGUUUACGACGGUUCAACAAUCGUCCCCGGAGGGCAGGGCACAGAAUACGAGGAGUUUAAAAAUCAAUGUACAGAUGAUGCCCGGUUAUUUGGCUUUGUAAGGAUCACCACGGGAGACGCCAUGAGCAAGAGGGCCAAAUUCACCCUGAUCACCUGGAUUGGAGAGAAUGUGAGCGGCCUGCAAAGAGCCAAGAUCAGCACAGACAAGACCCUGGUGAAAGACAUAGUACAGAAUUUUGCCAAGGAGUUCAUGGUCAGCGAUCGCAGGGAGCUGGAAGAAGCUUAUAUUAGGGCUGAGCUCAAAAAGGCUGGGGGGGCCAACUACGAUGCCCAGGUGGAGUAGGGGAGGCCCCUGAGAGAGACCACCAGCCCACCGCCACUGCUUGGACACGGGGUUGGGAGAUCCCAGGGGAGAGGAGAUGCUACUCCGCGCAAGAUCCACCUCACUUCCUUUCCCCUCUUGAACAGCUACAUCUGCUCUACAUCCGUCCCCACAGGCCAGCACCUCACCCCGACUCUCACACACGCCCCUCUGCAGGCACUCCUAUGAUUGUUUUUUUUCCACUGUGUGUGAUUGCUAUUUUUUAUGGGCAGGGGGGAGGUCGUGGCAUGACUUUCCUGUGCUGUAUUAAAAUAAGCAUCCUCAACAUCACACAGCCCAUCUUCCAACCGCUUCUUCCAAUUCAGAGUCGCAGGGCAGCUGGAGACUGUCCCCGCAAGCUGUGGGCACAAGGUGGGGUACACCGUGGACACCAGUCACAAGCACAGACGCAAACACGCAAACACGCAAACACGCAAACAC